UCGGGUUCUUCAUACAGCCGCGAGGUUCAUCAAACCCCCGAAAUAUUCUAAUGCGCCAGUCGCACGGUGUUUCCGCGAGUUUUCCCCGCCGGGCCCGUAGCAGGAAGCGUGGCCGCGUGACAUCGGAUAACGAACGCGUACCGCGUGUCGCUUUUGCCGCUCGAUUCGGACGGACGAUUGGAUCGUUGCGGUGUACGCGUUGGUGCGCGAGACUCCCGAAAUUACCGCGGAGGAAGGAAACGUGGAGGCAUCGUGACUACGUGUGCGCUCUCGUACAUGAGUACACGUGUGCGUGCGUGCUUGCGUGCGGGCGCGUGCAUGCGUGCGUGCCAGUGGUCCCGCUUGGCCGAGGAGUACGUUCGCCUCCGUCGUUUCUCCGCUCGCGUUACACCAGCAUUUUCCUCGUUCGGCUCUCUUCCUUUCUUUCUUCGCACUCUCCAUUCUCCUUUCUCCCCUUUCUCUGUCUCCCGUGACCGUUGCUCCAGCACUCUACUCGUCACCUCUUCUCGGGCGCACCGUGCACGCUUCGAGACGCUGUGCUUCUUCUGUGCGUCUCGAAAUUUCACCAGCCCGAAGAAACUCGAUGUGUUUUCGUGUACGGCUGUCGGUCGAACUUCACAACGGAACAAGGAAGAGGAGAACGAUGAUCGUGUCGAGGAUGUGUUACCGGGACAAGCUUGCCCCGCCGUUCAACGUCGCAUUUCGUUCGUGUUAAGUGCAGCCAACAAAGUGAUCAUCAUCGUGGCUGGAAAGGCUCCAGCCCAGAUCGAAAUAAUCCCGUGCAAGGUGUGUGGCGACAAGAGCAGCGGUGUUCAUUAUGGCGUGAUCACCUGCGAGGGCUGCAAAGGCUUCUUCAGGCGGUCCCAGUCGUCGGUCGUCAACUAUCAAUGUCCGCGGAACAAGAAUUGCGUGGUCGACCGUGUAAACAGAAACCGGUGCCAGUACUGUCGGUUGCAAAAGUGCCUACGCCUCGGCAUGUCUAGAGAUGCCGUUAAAUUCGGGCGCAUGUCGAAGAAGCAGCGGGAGAAGGUCGAGGACGAAGUUAGGUUCCACAAGGCACAAAUGAGAGCGGCCUCCGAGACUGCGCCCGACAGCAGUGUGUUUGAACAUCAGACCCCAAGCAGUUCGGAUCAGCAUCAUCCUUUCAAUGGCGGGUAUACGUAUGGCGGUAGUGAAUACGCUUCCCCUGGCCCCGGCACGGGUGGGUCGGGUUAUUACAAUCAUCAAGCGAUGACGAACUACGAGCUUAGCGCCGACUACGUCGACAGCACGACGACCUACGAUCCACGACCGACGCAGACGCAGGUCGCGGACACUGUCGCCCCUGAUACGCCCUCCGCUGUCACAGCGGCUGGGGUACUUCCCAGCGUGGUCACCACCGAUCCGGCACAGAUCAGCGAGCUGCUCUCAAAAACGAUAGCGGAUGCACACGCAAGAACGUGUCUGCUGUCGACGGAACAGAUCCAGGAAUCUUUCCGGAAGCCGCACGACCUCUCCAGAUUGAUCUACUACAAGAACAUGGCGCACGAGCAGCUCUGGCUCGAGUGUGCCCAAAAACUAACCACCGUUAUCCAGCAGAUCAUCGAGUUCGCCAAGAUGGUUCCUGGAUUCAUGAAGCUCUCGCAGGACGACCAGAUUGUUCUAUUAAAGGCUGGUUCCUUCGAGUUGGCUGUGCUACGUAUGAGCAGGUACCUCGAUCUCCAGCAGAACUGUGUCCUCUAUGGUGACACUAUGUUGCCUCAGGACGCGUUUUACACGACAGAUACGGCGGAAAUGAAGCUUGUCUCUUGCGUGUUUGAGUUGGCCAGGAGUAUUGCCGAAUUGAAGCUUACGGAAACAGAGCUGGCUCUUUACAGUGCAGCGGUUCUCCUUAGCCCCGAUCGGCCGGGGUUGAAAGGGCUCGCGGAAAUCACGAGACUGUCCCAGGCGGUGAUCAGGGCGCUCAGGUCGGAGCUGGAUCGUAACCACGUGUCGCCCAUAAAGGGCGACGUGACGGUGUGCGACGCGAUCCUUGCCAAGAUACCACAGCUCCGCGAGAUCUCCCUGUUGCACAUGGACGCCCUGGCGAAGUUCAAACGGUCCCAGCCGCACCUCGAGUUCCCGGCCCUUCACAAAGAGCUUUUCAGCGUCGACAGCUGAACGAUCGACGCGGCGCAGGGCGUCCCGACGCUGACGAACAAAGCGGUACGCGAGUAGCGCCGGGCCUUGCUCUGUCAAGGUGAGUUCCACCGUCCGGAAAAUAAGGAAAAACAAAAAAUGAAAGAACGGGGAGAGAGAGAGAGAGAGAGAGAGAGAGAGAGAGA